AUGGGGAACUUCUUCCCUAGAGCUAUUGACAAAAGCUUGAUGAUAUUAGAGCACUACAAGAAGGGGUCUAUUAAGGAUGCAGAGAGUGUGUGUUAUCAGAAAGCCAUGCAGGCCUUUAUGGAAAUGGUAGACAAGGGUAUCCUUCCUGACCAAUUUAUUUGGAAUUCAAUGCCACUUAGUCUGACCCAACAAGAACUUCCAAUUCUAUAUGCAAAGGUUCUCCUUGUUGUUGAACUGGAAACCAUGUGUGGAACCUAUAAACAAGGCACAAAGUUCUCCAAUGCUAUUGAUGAAGUGGUGAAAGGAGACAUCUUGUCAAGGUUUAUAGAAUUGGAAGAAACUGAUCCAAAGUACCUUGGAGAUAUUUCCUUGAGUUUUAUCCUUGCAGGGAAAGAUACAAUAUCAGUUACUCUUUCUUGGUUUCUUUACAAACUUUGCAAGAACCCUUAUGUGCAGGAGAAGACUGCACAAGAGAUUAGACAAACAACAAAUGUAGAAGCUGGAUCAACCAUUAGUGAACUUGCAGCUAGAGUAACUGAAGAAAACAUGGACAAGAUGCAGUACCUGAAUGCAACAUUGAAUGAAACACUCAGGCUCCACCCAGCAGUUCAAGUGGAAGGCAAGUUUUCUUCAAGGAAGUCAAUGUCCUCAUCAAGAACUAAAGUUGAACCUGGACUUUUUGACCCAUGA